AUGUCAUUUUCGCGAGUUCCAGGAAGAAACGAAACAUUGUACUCGUCGAUCGAUCGCCAGGAAACAUCGGAUCUGGACCAAGAGCAGCUCGUGGGUAGCCAAAAAAGCUGGCUCGAACGAAACCGAAUUUUUCUUAUUGAAACUGCCUUGUUCACCAACGUUUUCCUGUCAGGAUUCGAUGGAACAAUCACAGCAUCCAUCUACCAGCUCAUCGGUAACGAAUUUGAGGAUGUCAAGAUUGCCAGUUGGAUUACCACAGCUUACCUAGUAACCUGCACGUCGUUUCAACCUCUUUACGGCUCAUUUUCGGACACACUCGGGCGGCGGCAUUGUAUGUUUUUCGCCAACGGCAUAUUCGCACUUGGCUGUCUUGGGUGCGGUUUGUCACCCAACAUACUAACUCUAAUCUUUAUGCGAGCCGUGACAGGCGUGGGAGGGGGUGGUCUGAUCACGCUAGCCACCAUCGUUAACUCCGACAUCAUCAGUCCUGAAAAGCGCGGCAUCUACCAAUCAUUCCAAAAUAUUUUGGUCGGUACGGGCGCAGUUGUUGGAGCAUCAGCGGGGGGAGCCAUUGCGGUAAGUUUUGGGUGGAAAUGGUGCUUUCUAAUUCAAGUGCCCAUUUCAAUAGCCGGUACGGGGCUCGCGUAUUUGUUUGUGAAAGACCAACAGACCCCACAUGGGCCAAUCGCUGGCUCUAGCAGAUGGAGAAAGAUUGACUUCACAGGUGCUUUUCUUCUAAUUGUUGGCUUGACUUGUCAGCUGGUCUUCUUGACAUUAACGAGCUCCAAGAUAGGCAAAAGCUCCCAUUUCGUGGAUACGACCUCUUUGGGCUUUUUAUUUGUUAGUGUGGCAACGUUAGUACUUUUUGCCUACGUCGAAAAGACUACCACAGCCAAUCCCAUCAUCCCCCAUCACUUGGUAGGCCAGCAUUCCAGGAGCAUUUUGGUGGUAGGCUUUUUCGUGGGAUUUGUUGCCUACGCAUAUAUGUUCACGCUCCCACUCUACUUCCAGGUAGUAGAUGGCAACACAGCUGCCCAAGCCGGUCUCAGGCUUGCGAUACCCUCGUUUUGCACUCCAGUUGGUGGCUUAAUAAUGGGGCUCUCAAUGAAGGAAACGCGACGCCUGCCGCUUCUUUUGAUAUCUGGAAUUGCGCUCAUGUUAGCGGGCAAUUUGUGUUUCCUCUUUAUACGAAAAACGACCCCAAACUGGCUCACAUUCAUUUUGUUGCUUCCUGCAAAUAUUGGUCAAGGCAUAACGUUCCCAUCAACCUUAUUCUCAUUUUUGUUUAUCUUCUCCAUCAGAAAGCAAGCAACUGCCACUGCAACGCUAUAUCUUUUCAGAAGCAUUGGUUGCGUUUGGGGAGUUGCUGGAACCUCGAGUCUGGUGCAAGGACUAGUGAGUAGGGGCACUAAACGUGGCCUGAAGGGCCUCUUAACAGAGCCUGAAAUUGAGACCUUGCUCGUUAAGCUGAGUCAAAACACGUCUCUGAUAAGAGAACUUAGUCCCGAAGUGAGAGAUGUUGUUAUAAAUAAUUACGCCUUUGGGAUCAGAAGUGUUUAUGUUCUCUCGGUUAUCCUCAGUUUGGUGGCUUUGGUACUUGCAGUGGUUACCAAAGAAUCUUCUACUGACCAGAAGGCGCAAAAUAUCGCUGCCCUCGAACGCCGCAUUAGUUUUUGA